UUUUGCAACAGUUUAUGCGGGUGUAACAGACGUCUUUACUGUACAGUCACUCACUCCCGAAGCUUGUCACCUUGAUCUGUGAACUUAAUUCGUGGUUUUUUGGACUCUUUUACCCGGCUCGGAGAAAAUGGCGUCAGUCGACCUUGCUAAAGUUGGAAAAAACUUACUGAAGAGCGGUGAAAGCGAGGAGAAAGUAGAGCUCCAGUCUCUGUGGCAGGACCAGCCGGUGGUCCUCUUCUUCCUGCGCAGGUUUGGCUGUCAGGUAUGUCGGUGGACGGCAUCAGAGAUCAGCAAACUGGAGCCAGACCUGAGGGCCAACGGGGUAGCGCUAGUGGGAGUCGGACCAGAAGAAUUUGGACUCCAGGAGUUCAAGCAAGGAGGCUUUUUAAAAGGACCCCUUUAUGUGGAUGAACAAAAGAAAUGUUACAAGGAUCUGGGCUUCAAACGGUACAACGCUUUAAGUGUGGUUCCUGCAGCAUUGGGGAAAAAAGUACGAGAUGUAGCAGCAAAGGCCAGUGCUGAAGGAAUCCAGGGAAACUUCUCAGGAGAUCUGCUCCAGAGUGGAGGCAUGCUCAUUGUGGCCAAAGGUGGAGAAAAGGUCCUACUACACUUUAUCCAAGAUUCACCGGGAGACUACCUGCCUUUGGAGGAGAUUACCAAGGCUCUGGGUAUCUCAGCCACAAUAAAAGCAGGACAGAGGCCAGUGUGCAACGAUGACGUUUGUACACGAUGAUGACGGAGCUGCUCUUCGUACCUGAACUGCACGUCUCGCCUCUUUGGAAGAUUCAUGAAGUGGGAUACCAUUUAAAAUGAUUUACAAUGAAGUAUUAAAUCACUACUAAUAUUCCAGUGCCACAGUUUUUAAUCUAUUGUUUGUUGUAAUGGUUUAUGGUACAAAUAGAGUGCUCUAAUCUUUGUUUUUACAACAGCUGGUAUUUUAAAUUUAACUUGGAGUAAAUUGUGUUUACAUCACUGUGAUUGUCUUUUUUUAAUAUCCAGUUUAUGAAGAACAUGCUUUACUUUGUAUGUGUCUAACAAUAUCUGCUCAUUAAAAAGCAUUUGACUUCAUUUAAAGACUUUCAAAAUGGGUCAGGAGGUAUUUGACUUCUUGAUAUGAGAGAAGAAUUGUUUUCAUUAAUAAUUCAACACUCUAGAGGCUGUUUUAGCUCACUGGGUACAGCAGGUGACCCAUAUGUCGUAAAGGUAAUGCAGAGGUCUGGGUUUGACUCUGCUCUGACACUGUUCACUGCAUGUCUGUCUCCUCUCUUCUGUCUUUUCUUCACUGUCGUCUCAGGAGAAAAGAUAAAAAUCCACAAAAAUUUACUUUAAAAACAAAAUCUAAACUCACAGGGCUCAAAUAUUAACACCUACAGCCUACCUUCCUGUCCACAAAUGGCCUUUCCUGGCUUCAGAAAGAGAGAUAGGGACGGCCUUAAGCUAGCCAUGAGGUUUAUAAAGGUAGUGCACAAACCGAUGGAUGAUGCAGUUGUGGCUGUGUCCAUCUUUUACAGUCUUUUGCAGUUCGAGAAUGGUUUCUAAAAGAUUUAGUCAUGUUUUAUGUUAAAAAAAAAAAUUGCAUUUUUAAAGCUGAGACUUGAGAUUGCGCCAGUUGAGACAGUCACUUUAAUGGCAAUAAUAACAUAUCUGAGUCACAAAAAUAGCAGUCUAGAUAAUUACAUAGCAGCAGGAACAUUCAUAAAACAUCUUAAACAUCUGGAAUCUUGCAAAGCAAUAACAUUUCAUAAAUAUUCAUUUAGCUAAAUAAACUCUAAAUGGGUAUACAGGUUGAAACAUGUUCAUAUAUAGCAAAAAAUGCAUUUCUAGUUGGUAAUUUCAAAACGACACAAUUUCACAAUUUAGGUAAACGUGGUGCUAAAACUAAGUGAAGACACACUUUCUUCUGUACCCGAUUUUCCUCCGUGGAGAACAUCAAGCAUCUACAAUAACACGUUUUAUUUGAUAUACCCUUGUUCAGUUAACAACUUGUUGCACAAAACAUGAAGUUUAAACUGUUUGUCUUCUAACCAUCUCCCAGCAUCGCUUUAAAAUGUGCGAUGUUGUUCAAAGGAAACAUCUGACAUUUUGAGAAAGUUAGCAGAGGGCUGAUACCUCACUGGGCUCGGCAUAAAAAACUUGAAACAGAAGGAAAUCGCUAAUCAGUCCAAAGGGAACUAAAAUUGCCUAAAGCUAUAGAAAGAAAACGCCCACUCUAGUAGUUAAAAAUGCACCUGUCGGUCACUCUGAUUUUGUGACCCUCUACUGCUCUUGGUUUAAAUUAUGCUUACAGUCUGACAUGUUCAAAUGCUAUCACACAGUUUCUCUUGCAUGUGCAAAUAAUCUAAGCUUCACUAUUUUCUCUGUAUUAUUGUAGGCUCUUUACCUUUGAUGCUAUAUAAAUAAAACGUAAUUAAAAUUGACCAGAAUCUGUCAUGAUUCUUUCCUACUUCACAAUCCAUGUUGAUUCACAGUUUCAUUUGUACUCAUAUUUGUUGGUGACAUACAGAAGCUCAUCAGCUCGCACUUCCAGGACUUUAACAAACUUUGGGAGAGACCGUUCACCGUAUGUCCAUCCAUGUACCUUUGUUUUUCUGCUGGAAGCUUUCCGGUAAAGAAAGAACAGAAGAUGCUAACAACUGUGAACUGACAGCUGUCGAGCUUGCUCUGGAGGAGCACAGAGAUUGGUUGAGAGUAGCCUUUUUUUGGUUUUUGACUGGAGUGCAUGGUCUUCACCAAAUACCUGAACUCCUGCCAGUGUAGUUGACGUUCUCCUCUGUCUUUUAUCCUGUCUUCCUUCUCUCACCCCAACCGGUCGCGGCAGAUGGCCGCCCCUCCCUGAGCCUGGUUCUGCCGGAGGUUUCUUCCCAAUGUCGCCAAAGUGCUUGCGCAUAAGGGGUCAUAUGAUUGUUGGGUUUUUCUCUGUAUGUGUUAUUAUCAGUGAUGGGAAUAACGGCGUUACAAGUAACGGUGUUACUAACGGCGUUACUUUUUUCAGUAACGAGUAAUCUAACUAAUUACUAUUUCUAUCGUUACAACGCCGUUACCGUUACUAACAAGAAAAUGCGGUGCGGUCGCGUUACUAUUUUUCAACAGACGGCUGAAGCUGUGUUCAACUUACCACAUCUUAUAUCAGUUGCGCGGAAGUAGCUGUCUAUGUAAGUAAUCUGGGCGCUACAGCUUUAAGCAGCUGCGCGCGCUCCCGCGGACGGCAAUCACUUUCUGGCCGAUGAUCAUUUUCUAGCACAACACCUGGAGCUAAGGGGCAAAACCAUCGCAUGAGUGCUGCUGUUUGACUGAGGAAGAAUAAAGUAGUCGUGGUAAGCCAAUCACAUGACCACUUCAACAUGACAAAGCAACAAGUUGAUAUAUACCAGUUUUUAAAUUGUGUUGAUAGGCCACGUAAAACCAGAGUCAUGAUAAACAAUAUAUACCCGUGUUUUUCCUGAAUAGUUUCGUCACGUUUAACGUCUAAGGACAGCGCUAGCACGCACUCUCUGCUUAUGACCAAAAAAUAAAAAAACAAAACAAAAAACAGCCCGUUCGUGUUCGUGGAAAAAUGUACCAUGUCGACCAAUCAAAAAAAUGAUAUGGCAACAUGACAUUUGGUUGUUAAGAAAGAGGGAGAAGUUUUAGGAGUGACGGCGAGAGAGAGAGAGAGCAGAAAAAGAGAGAGAGCGAGUUUUGAGAUGUGAGAGAUUUGUGACGUUUAGCGUGUUUGGAGUGUGUAGUUAAUGUGUUGUCUUGUGUAGUUAGUGUGUAGUGUUGUAGAUAGUUUUGUGUUGUGUGUCAGAACAGUGAGGUGUCUCCAAGUAGAAAACAGGAGUGAUACACCUGCUGUCUUGCCUGCAGGUAUCAGGCUGUGAUGUUCUCCUUUAUAGUGGACAGAAAUAUUUGGAGUGGCACAAAUAAUUUGUGUGGCAUCUUAUUGAAUGCAGAACACCUGAUUGUUCUGUAAACAGUUUGAA